CCUCCGGGAUAUCGCAAUCUUGACAUCCUAGCUGGCUUGAAGCUUGACUUUGACCAAGAUCCAGCAUCCCUGGCUGGCAUUGUGCAAGAAACAUGGAAGAACCUGCGCUUCCAACACCCUUUGCUUGCUGCUACAUACGAUGGCGAUAACUUCAUCUACCAAAGUCCAGGAAACGAAGAGGAAUUGCAGCAAUGGGCUGACGAGACAUUUCUUGUCAAAAAGUCCCGGUCUACCCCUACUAGCUGCCCGGAGGAUGUUAUGGUUAUCGACCGUUGCGAUCAUCCCAUGAUGGCCUAUAUCCCAGAGGAUAAAAGAGUUGUCUUUCGGAUGCCCCAUGUCUAUGCCGAUGGGAUUGGAACUGCUAUUUUAUCCCAGGACUUUAUGGUAGAGCUGGGACGGUUGAUGUCGGCCACGACCAGAUCAGACAGGGAGCGGCCAUUUAGGGAAGACAUUCAAAAUCUACCCCUAGGCACAUGUGUAGCAGCAAACAUGCCGGAACUCUCAGCAGAAUGGCAGGAAAGCGUGCGGGCCAAACUACCGGAUCCCAAAACGGACGAGGCCAUCCGUAUGCCUACCAAAGACGAUGCUGGCAGCAACAUUCUCCCCAGAGAUACACGAAUGCAGCGUCUUCGAUUCACCAAGACUGAGACGGCCAAUAUCCUUGCCCGAGCCCGGAAGUCGGGCUUAAAAUUAGCACCUUUUAUACAUGCAACAAUGCUCCACGCAGCCAAAAAACUGGCCAUCACUCCCGAGCAAGAAACAAAGAACCAUACUUCAUUCAUGUUAUUCAACCUCCGUGAUCGCUGCCACGGGACACCAGCUAAUGCUGCUCACCGGGCUCUCGACUAUCGCGUAGCGUUCUGGUAUUCCCAGAUCCAACUUGGCAAUAACCUCUAUGACACGGCAUCGGCACUGAAAGAUCAUUAUGAAUCUAUCCUUCAAGAAAAAGAGUCAAGAGCGGCAGCCCAUAUACCACACUGUGAAAAGAUGACGCCCUUCCUUGGUGACAACGUGCAGCAUUCCAUCAUGAUCAGUUCUAUUGGGAAUCUUGAUCCAAUAAUCCCAGAAAAGAAAUGCGGUGCUUUAAAACUGGAUGAGUUCUCAGUUACCGCUUUGGUUACAAGUCCGCUGCUCUUCGUCCCCGUCCAGACUUUUGCUGGUCAGCUUGAAGUGAGAAUUACGUAUAAUGAGGCCUACCAUGAGGAUAGUCAGGUGGCGGAGUUGUUG